GCGGCUCUGUGUGCUGUUCACAUUGUAAGAAAAGUCAACGAACUGGGUGAGCUCUUCGCCCCGGCAGCUCGAGCCCUACUCUCUGAGAAAAACCACGGCGUGUUGCAUGGUGCCGUGGUGCUCAUCACUGAGCUGUGUGAGAGGAACCCAGAGACUCUGGAGCGCUUCAGAAAGACCGUACCAGAUCUGGUUCAGAUCAUGAAGGGUUUGGUCAUUUCUGGUUACUCUCCGGAGCACGACGUGGCAGGAAUCAGUGAUCCCUUCCUACAGGUACGCAUCUUGAGGUUGCUGAGGAUUCUCGGUCGCAACAACGAAACAGCCAGCGAUGCCAUGAACGACCUCCUAGCUCAGGUGGCUACAAACACCGACAGCACAAAGACUGUUGGCAACGCUGUUCUCUAUGAGACGGUUCUCACUGUGUUGGACAUCAAGUCAGAGAGCGGCCUCAGGGUUCUGGCUGUGAACAUCCUGGGAAGAUUCCUCCUGAACAACGACAGGAACAUUCGGUACAUUGCCAUGAUCUCUCUACAGAAGAUUGUUGGGACAGACCACAAUGCAGUGCAGCGCCACAGGGGGACCAUCGUGGACUGUCUGAAGGACCAGGACGCUUCUGUCAAACGCCGUGCGUUAGAUCUCUCCUUAGCGUUGGUGUCAGCCUCCAACAUCCGCUCUAUGAUGAAGGAGCUGCUCAUCUUUCUCUCCUCCUGCCCGCCUGAGCUCAGGUCUCAGGCUGCCAGCGGUAUAUUCAAUGCUGCAGAGAGGUAUGCGCCCUCCCAGCGCUGGCACAUUGACACCAUCCUGCAUGUCCUCACCACGGCAGGGGGCGACGUAAGGGAUGAGACGGUACCCAACUUGAUCCAACUCAUCACCAACGCCUCAGAGCUGCACUGUUACACCGUCCACAAGCUGUACAGAGCUCUGCUCACCGACAUCUCUCAGCCGUCCCUGGUGCAGGUGGCGUGUUGGUGUAUCGGAGAGUACGGAGACCUGCUGCUGAGAGGAGAGUGUCAGGACACUGAGCCUGUUCAGGUCACUGAGGAUGACGUCCUUGAUGCCUUGGAAACGGUUCUGCAGUCCCACAUGUCGUCACCGGCGACCAGAGGUUUCGCUCUGACCGCCACCAUGAAGCUGAGCACACGCAUCACUGAUAAUGUGGAUCGGAUCAGAAGCAUUGUCAGCAUCUACGGCAGCUGUAUAGACGUGGAGCUCCAGCAGAGGGCAGUCGAAUACAACGCCCUGUUUAAGAAAUAUGACCACAUGAGGGCGGCUGUGCUGGAGAGGAUGCCAGUGAUUGAGAAGAACUCUCCGGGUCAUACCAACGGAGAGUCAAUGGGCGAGACCGUUAAGGAAAUCCAACCAGCCAAAGUCAAGCAGGGCGAGCCACUGCUGCCCCCCCAACCUGCUAAUCAGGUGUGUGACCUGCUCGACCUGCUGGGCGGCGCUGAAGAGACUCCGCAGCUGAGCCCAGCGGUGAGCGGUUUAGCACCAGGACUGCCCAUCAACACACUCAGCACUGCUGGAGGAGACCUGCUGGAUCUACUGGGAGGGUUAGAGCCUGCGCCUGCCGCACCAGCUCCCACAGUGCCGGCAUAUGAGAAAGACGGCGUGACUCUGACACUAAGUUGUGAGAAAACGUCAGACUCAGGCCUCACAGUCACACUAACAGCCUCCAACUCCACCGACUCUGACAUCAGCAGCUUCACCUUGCAGGCUGCCGUGCCCAAGAGUGUCCAGUUACACAUGAAGGCCCCCAGUGGAGAUGCUCUUCCUGCAAGAGGUGCAGCGAAGGUGACACAGAUGGUCAUCCUCAACAACCCCAACAAGGUGAACCUGAAGAUGAGGAUCCGCAUAUCUUACACCAGACAAGGCUCGGCCUUUCAGGACACGGUUCAGAUCGACUCCUUUCCUUGAGUCGUUGCUGCCAGACACUGACAGCAGCCUGUCGGUCUAACAGGACUAUGACGACUGUCCCUGGUUGAGUCAGCUUCGUUCUGCUUUUGACAGCGCCGACCCUGCAGUCCAAACUGCUGGGACUUUCUCUCAUUACUGAUUUGAUUCUCGUUACCGCAGAACACUCGUCCCUCACAUGAACUCAUCGUUUCUCCCUACUCUUGAUUCCAGGUGUAAACGGCACUGAUGGUGUUGUUUGAUACACAGCUUUCAAAAAGGCUGGUAUAAGAUGGAAACACUCAAAUAUAUAUAUGAGAUCUAUGAAAUGACAUCUGUCAGUGGAAAGUUUGAACCAUUCAGGGAUAUUUAACAGCUGCUUUUCUAUAAAAUGUUAUACUCCAUAAAAGUUGACUUCCUGGGUCUCCUGUCACUCAGAUCGAGCCACUAGAUCAACUUUCCCCUCAUGUUUCCUCCCACUGAAGCGUUUUCUUUAAUCUAACACUUGCUUCUACCAUUGUCAUUAAAAAGGUAGAUUAACAAAUGACACUACUACUAUUAAAUCAUGCUCUCAUCCAAUACACGUGGUUUUAAUGGGAAAUGCACGGACUUGAUGUAGAAAUGGAAGGAUUUUUAUCACCACCUUGUCUUCAGUUGUUCCCGUUUUCCAAACUUCAUUCAGCUAACCCAUCUCCUAAGUAAUUCCCCUGUGCCUUUCAUUCUUUCAAGAACUGCGGGUUUUUAUCAUGUACGAGAGAAUAUUUAGUUUGAGAAAGCAAAGAAAUGGUUUAAAUGUAAGUGGUGUUGCUGUUUUAACCUGUCUGUCACUCCUGUUGAUAGGUUUCACCUUGACUACUGUUUACAGAGGCUUCAGAGUUUAUUUUAUGGAGACUCUAUAAAUAUAAGAGAUGGCCAUGACGCCGUCCGAAAGUUCUCUAUUUUACCUGUUAAGCACAUUAAGAGUUUUGAGAAUCUCUUACACAACCAUUUUUGUAGAAGGAAAAUGAAAUGAGCUGUAAAACACACUUAUCAUUUAUUUCUUAAUCAUGGAGCUCUGUAAAAAAAAAAAAAAAAAAACACUCUGGAGACUGUUAAUGUCAGUGAUGGUGCUCCACUUCAGUGAAAUUUCUACCAGACUGUUUCAAAUCACAUUAGCUAAACUGUAAAGAAAAGGCCAUGAGGAGUAUUCUGUGCGGUGUGUACACUGUCUUUAAAUCUUCAGUUUCAUGUCAUUUUCUUAUAAAAACAAAAUCAGUUUUCAGGA